CUCUUUUUUUUCUCUUUUUCUUUUUUGGUUCCUUUCUUAACUUGUAAAGUCAAGUAUGUUGCAGCUGCCUUAUGUGUUAGUCAUACAAUUUGGCGUUGGAAGUUGAUAAAGAUGCUACAAGAGCAAGCUACUAUAUAUAAUAUUGCGCGUUAAUAAGAAGUACUAUUGCUUUGGUUAAAGAAUCCCAUAUUCCAUGGAUGAGAAAGAAAGCUACUAUAGAUAAUAUUGUGUGUUAAUAAGAAGUACUGUUGCUUUGCCGAAAGAAUGGGCCUUGUGAUCUGAAAGUUCCUACAUAACUUACAUAGAGACUCAGUCUUUUUGUAUAAUGUUCUUGAGCAAUAGAUAUGUCAUCAACAUCAUGUUUCAAAUUUAAUAUGAAUUCUUAUUGUAUAAUAUGUUCAUGGUUUUUUAUUUCAUGUAUUAAAGAUGCCUUACUUCAGAGUAAGUUAUAUGAUGUGUGAUCGGAGUUUUCCUCUCUCAAAUCAAAUAUGCCAUUGCCUCUCUGAUACGAUUGGAACUUUAAUUCUAGUAUGUUUCUUUACACUGCUCAUCGAAAAAUCCUUGCUAAACUCAGUACGUGCAAUUUUGGAUGGGUUGUUUAAGUGCCAGUAUAGCUAAUCUGAAUCCCUCCGCAAAGAUUUCAGCUAGGCAGCGCUGUCUGUUGUACCAUUGACUCUAUCUAUUCAUGGAAUUUUCUUUAUUUCAUUUUCGAUUUUAGAUAGGCUCGCUCCAUCUUUUUCCAAGAAUUUAUCCACUUCCUUUUACUCCAUAGGGAAUAGGUUGUGUUUAGUGCAACAAUGGUAAAAGACCUUUUCCGGGGCAUUUUUUGUAGGUAUCCUUCUAUUAACCUCUUCUUCACUAUUUAUGAAUUCAAAUUCAAAUUAUCGCGAAUGUGCUGCAGGUUUUCAGUUUGGAUGUUGUAGAUCCGCGAAGAGCAUAUGUUGAGUCAGGUGAAUCGGAGCAAUGUCCGCCCGUCUCAUGGGGAAAUGGGAGCCAAUGAUCGCCAUUAUUGUUUCAAAAAAGCAAAGGACUCACAGGAUUAUCAAAAGGAAUGGAUCCAAUCUUGUACAGUGCUGCGAUGAGAGGCAAUAUCGGAGAUGCCAAUUUUCUACUUGCUGAUCAUCUGAAAAGGGAUGAAGAAAACGGCUACCAAGUCACUCCAAAGGGUAACACGGUCCUUCAUGUCGCUGCUCUCUAUGGCCACUCCCAUUUCGCAGCAGAAGUCCUUAAGAUUACUCCGGCAAUGUUAUGCUGUCAAAACAAGAAAAAUGAAACCGCUCUUCACAUAGCAGCUAACGAAGGGCAUACUGAAGUUGUCCGUGUGCUACUUGCAUGUGUCGAAGAUCAUAAUACUAAUGAUAAACUCACGAUUAUGACAGAUGCUAGUGGAGAUACCGCCCUGCACAAGGCCGUGCGGAGCCAACAUCUAGAUGUGGUUAAGCUCUUGGUGAAAGAAGGUUCUGAAUUUGAAUUUCCGCCUAACCAUCCACAGGAGACGCCACUGUAUCUGGCGGCUGAAUCUGGUUUUCAUGAGGCUUUGAUUAAUAUCUUGGAAUCCUGCAAGAAACCAACUUAUGCUGCUGGUCCAUCUAAUCGAACGCCGCUGCAUGCAGCAGUAAUUCAUGAACACAAAGAUUGCAUUAGAUCACGAUGGCGUUGGAAUAAGGCUUUAUGCGAGCAACCUGACUUAUGGGGUUGGAAUUCACUGCACUAUGCUGUUAAAUUCGGAUUGGAAGACGUAGUUUCUGAUAUGUUGGGGUGGAAAAAAUCUUUAGUAUACCUUCCGGCAGGCAGUGAAAAUGACUGGGCGACAGCAAUUCACAUUGCAGCCAGUGAAGGUGAUGUAAACAUGAUCAAUGAGCUAUUAAAUCACUGCCCUGAUUGUUGGGAUAUGCUUAACAGCAACAAUCAAAAUGCUCUUCAUGUUGCCAUAUUGAACAAUAAAGACAAGUUAGUCCGCGUCAUAUUAGACUCUGGUAAGUGCGACAGCCUUGUUGAUGAGCUAGAUAGUGACGGCAACACUCCUCUCCAUUUGCUUGCUGCCUCUGAUAACCAUGUACGUGAAUUAAUAUACCACCCUAGAGCAAAGAAGAUGUCAUUUAACAAACAAAACCAGACCCCACUUGAUAUAGCAUUAUCACACACAGUGACAACAAAGAAGGAGAAAUUGGUGCGGGAUUUGUGUAGCAUUGGCCGAUUUGGAAAACGUGACUUUGAGGUAAAGCGGAAGAACGAGUACAUGCCACUGAGGGAAGAUGAUCACGAUAAAGCUAGAAAGGCAAAUCAAACAGAAGUAGAAAGUAUUAUGAAGUCAGCUCAAAUCCAUAUUGUCGUGGCCACUUUGAUAAUGACUGUCACUUUCGCCGCUGGUAUCACAUUGCCAGGAGGUUUUGAGAGCGACCCCGAUAACCAUAAUAAAGGGAUGGCGAUUCUAAUAAGGAAAACAACAUUUCGUGCAUUUGUUGUUUCCGAUGCCAUUGCCUUCACAUGCUCUGCUGUUGCCAUAUUCAUCUACUUCUUCAUGGCAGAUGAAAGUAGACCUCCUUCACGUUUGGAAAUUUGGUCGCAGGAGAUCAUUUUUUCGUCACCGACAACGCUAUAGACCCAAUGUACCUUCACUAAAUAAUCUAUGGUACAACAACAACAAUAUACCAGUUAAAAUUCCACGAGGGUAGAGUAUACACAGAUCUUACCCCUACAUUGGGAGGCAGAGAGGUUUCCGAAUUUUGAUAGACCUUCAGCAGCCAGACAAGGAAAAACAAUUCAAAGCAGUUCAAAAAGGAAAUGUUAGAAGCCAUGGCAAAAUACUUUUCCACCUAAGUAUAAUGAUUUUGUCUGUUGUAGUGUUCAAAAAUGUCACGUGCGCCUAAUUCACAAGUCCACUCUUACCACUAGAUUGAAACCCUGGGUAUGACACUGUUGCAUGGGUUUUUGACGUACGCAUUUUCAGUGUGACAUGGAUAUAGUUUCAAUGAUGGAUAAGGCGGCUAAGCUAUGGUCGCUCUUUUUAAGAGUCGAGAAUGUAAAUAGAAAACAUCCCUUUUCUGAUUGUUCACAAGAAUUUCCAUAACUCAAACAUAUUGUUUGAUAAUAUAU